AUGGCAUCAUGUUUGUUCGUGACCUGUGCCCAGCAGCCCCAGGAGACUCUCUCUGCGUACAUGAUGCGCCUGGAAGGCCUGCUGCAGUCGGCCCUGGAGAAGGGGGCCAUCCUCCCGGCCGUGGCGGACCAGGUGCACGCCCGGCAGGUGCUGAUGUGAGCCCGGCUGAAAGACACGCUCCAGAAGAUGCUGAGGAUGCAGCUGAUGACCAGGCCUCCCGGUUUUGUGGAGAUGCUGUGUCUCAUCCAGAUGACCGAGGCCUGGGAGGCCGCCCUGGCUAGCAGGGAGCUGUUCCCAGGGGAAGAAGAGGCCCGUGUGGAUGUUGGCGUCCUGGCAGCAGCAGCCCAGGCCGCCCCGGCCCAUGAGGCCAUCACCGCGGGCACCACUGCAGAUGGCACCAAGGCCUCCCCGGCCGGUGAAGAUACCUCCACCCAGGCCGCCCUUUCCAAGGAAGGUAGCGCCGAGGACCACCCGGAGCCUGAAGAGGCCAGUGAGGCAGUUGCUGGCACUGCCAAGGCUGGCGAGGUGGGCCCUGAAGACCAUGGUGCCGCCAGGGCAGCCCCUGGCCCUGGGGAGACCAGCAAGGCCUCCGCAGCCACUCAGGAAGGUGGAAGAGCUCCCGGCCCUGUGGACCUAGGUCCGGCAGGACCCUCACAUGCCCCCGGAGUCCCCAUGCCUGGCCGGAUGAGCAGUGCUUCCCUGGUGGCCCCAGGAGGUCCUGGCUGGGAGCCAGAGGGCCUCGCCCAGGCAGGAGGCCAGCAGGCCGAGGAGGGGCUCCAGCAUGUCCCAGAAGAGCCGGGAAAUGAGGACGGGGCUGCAGAGAUGAGCCCCCCGGGGUCGUCCUCGGGCCAGUAGGCUCAGCAGGCCCCGGGGCCCCCAGGCUUGGAGGCAGGGGGAGGCCAGCCCUGGCAGCCUCCUGGCCCCAUGUUAGGGGCCACUCAAGGUGCCUGGGCCUCCCUCCCGAGAGGGGACCCCUGUUCGUCAUCCCCUGGGCAGGAUGCUCCCUGUCCUGGCGAGCCCCAAUGUGUCCCUGUAGGCCCCAGAGGGACCCAGGUGUCAAGGAACCCCCCAGCCCCCGCUCCCCUCCCCCCCAACACACACACCCUAGCCAUCGCCCCCCCGCAGAGCCCUGAGGUACGACACGUGCCAGCCAAGGCUCUGGUCUGUGUGGGCCAGUGUCGUGAGCUCAACGUGUGCUUUCUGGGCAUAGAUUCAGGCCCAGCGCUGCCUGUUGUUGUGGAAAUGUGCGUGUGUUCUCCUAUGAGCAGUUCCCCCCGCUCCGGCCCGGCACGGAGACCCCGAGCCCAGUCCCAGGAGCCGGCAGGAAGGACGGGAUGGACGAGGUCAC